AUCAGCCAAUGAGUGAGAAGAUUCGGUGUUUGCUCGCAGCCAGCAGACGCCAAUAAGGCCAAUAAGUAAAGAAACAGACGUCCGUCCAUUCACGCUGCGCCUUAAUGAGUGUCAGCUCUGUUCGAGGCUAUUGACAGGCAGGACACAGGCUGCAGGGACUUAGACAGAAGACGGACAAUUAACCAUCCAGUGUGGAUGUAAAAUAUAAUCAUCAGCAUCUCUCCCUCCAUCCUAGGCUGGAGAGCAGCCUAUAGGAGGAGAGAAAAGAGAAAGCGAGAGAGGGGAGAGAGAGAGAGAGAGAGAGAGAGAGAAGGAGAGUCUGGCUGCGUGCAUCGUUACUUGCUGUUUGUGUUAGUGAGACCAGGAGCCACAGAGGAGCGGUUUCCACUGCUCUUUUCCCCAUCACUGUCCACCCACAGCGCCGCAGACAUGGAGGGAGUGAGCGGCAACAGGAGCCUGUCUUACAGCAGAUGGAGUUAUGACAGUCCCUGCUGUCGGUGGGUGAUGCUGCUGAACGAGGGGGGAUGAGAGAAAGCCUGGGCUAAGGAGACGGAGAGGCAGCAGAAAAAAGCGAAGGGGGGGUUUAAAGGGCAAGAAAACAGAGGGAGAUUUAGAUAGAGCUCAGAGAGUCAGUGCAGCGCAGGAGCAGAGGCAGCAGAUGGAAAGAGAGAAGAGCGCAGGAGAGGCACAGGCUGGAAGCAUGUACACCGAUGAGAGGAAAUCCACCGUUUCAUGUCUGACGCGUCUGUGACUGCCGAGUGCAUCUGCCCGUCCGCGCGGCCUCACGGAGAUACGACCUAAAACGUGCUGGAGAUCGAGGGCUGCUUGCAGAGGUGACGAUCAGAGCGAUGCUGCCUCUCUGGCUCUGAUCUGUCCACAGACCCUGUAGCCUCUUGCACCGGUGCUGUUGCAAGCCAUUAGCCUCGCAGUCAGGCAGCAGCAGAGGGACUGAGGGACACCAUGAGCUCCAAGCAUUCCUCCGACUGGAUACCCUACAGCACUUUAGAUGACGAGGGCACCAACCUUCGGCAGCAGAAGCUGGACAGACAGAGAGUGCUGCUGGAACAGAAGCAGAAGAAGAAGAGACAGGAGCCUCUCAUGGUCCAGUCUAACGUGGACGGCAGGUCUCGGACCCGUCGUACCAAACAGAGCGAGGAACAGGCUCCGCUGGUGGAGUCUUACCUCAACAGCAACAGCAGCACCAUCUACCAAGUGCAAGAAGCAGAGCGAGAGAAAGCUAAGACGUUGGCAGACACGCAGCCUCCCCGCUCGGGCAAAAAGGGCAAAGCGUCGGCCAGCUCCACUCCACAGAUGGGCAGCGACAAGAAGGAGAGGAAGGGGAAGCACAAAGCGCUUGACGGCCUGGCCUCCCAGCUGGACGACGGCCAGAUCCAGAUCCUGACGGUGGGCCACUCCACGGGAGAGGAAAGCGAGGGGGAGCCCGUCAUGAGCUGCACUCAGUCGCACAGUAAACAGGAUCUGCGCGUCACCAUGCUGAAGAAAGGUAUAUCCAGCAGCAUGAAUUUUGAUGAAGAAGAUGAUGACGAUGAUGAAAUAAGCUCCAGCUCCUCGCAGCUCAACAGCAUCACCAGACCAGGAUCUGCCACCAGCAAGAAGUCCACUAAGGAGGUGGCCUCGGCUCCCACCCCACCUGUCAGUGACGCCGCUGUUGACGUCGACGACCUCGAAGAGUUUUCUUUGCGCCCCGCACCCCAGGGGGUUAGGGUAAAGUGCAGAAUCACACGUGACAAGAAGGGCAUGGACAGAGGCAUGUACCCCACCUACUACCUUCAUCUGGAGAGAGAGGAUGGCAAGAAGGUGUUUUUGUUAGCUGGCAGGAAGAGGAAAAAGAGUAAGACAUCAAAUUACCUCAUCUCCAUCGAUCCCACUGAUAUGUCCAGAGGAGGAGAGAGUUUUAUUGGCAAACUAAGGUCAAAUCUGAUGGGAACUAAGUUUACCGUAUAUGACAGUGGUUUGAACCCAGUAAAGAGCACCACCAGUCUCGAAGCCAGUAAUCUUCGUCAAGAACUGGCAGCCAUCUGCUACGAGACCAAUGUCUUAGGAUUCAAAGGACCUCGCAAAAUGAGUGUCAUCAUCCCCGGAAUGAACAUGGACCACAAGAGAGUUUCCAUUCGACCAAGAAAUGAACACGAGUCCCUGCUGGCCAGGUGGCAGAAUAAAAACACAGAGAGCGUGAUUGAACUGCACAACAAGACGCCUGUGUGGAACGACGACACGCAGUCUUACGUGCUCAACUUCCACGGCAGAGUCACUCAGGCCUCGGUCAAGAAUUUUCAAAUCAUUCACGACAAUGACCCCGACUACAUUGUGAUGCAGUUCGGCCGCGUGGCAGAAGACGUCUUCACCAUGGACUAUAACUACCCCAUGUGUGCCCUGCAAGCCUUCGCCAUCGCUCUCUCCAGCUUCGACAGCAAGCUAGCCUGUGAGUAGAUCCCAGCCUGGAGUUCAGUGGAGACCUGGCUCACUUGUCCUGAAGAAAGGGCUGCUGAAUUGAAUGGGAUUAAAGGGAGAUUCCUGAUAAUCUUCUUCUUCAAAGUCCCACCAUAAAUGUUUCUCUGGCCUCAAGUUUUGCAGAUGUGUGUGUGUAUGUUUGUACAUGUGGGUGAGGGACUGAAGUCUGAUCUUGGUCAGCCGAGAACACAAGCACAAGGAGCAGUCCUCUUUAAAAAAAAAAAAAAAAUCAGUUUCUUUUUAUAAUAGCUAUAGUUAUUUUAUACAGUACUGGCAUCAAAGUAUAUCAAACAGUGUUUCUUUAUGUGUAUUCUUUAUCUGUAUAGUAAAACUAACAGCUGAACAUCUGUAAGGUGACUCGGUUCAUACAGUAUGUCGUCUGACUCACACACACAAAGUGACACACAAUGAUACGGUUCCUCAAGCAUGAGUAUUAAUUACAUAGUGAUUGAAAAUGAACAACAAAAAAAAGAUCACUUGCAUGUUACUGUGUAUUUAUUUUCUUAUUUAUGUAUUUAUUAUUUUCUUUAUUUUGUGUUGUCAUUUGCAUCCUUUGUUUUCGGCUCCGUGGAGCUGCAGCCUUGUUCAUCUCCUGUAUCCGUAUUAGCAUACAGUUAGCUGGUCUCACCUGAUCAGGGCAAAGGUUACACUGUGCUGUGAACCACACGCGCGUCCACACACUUGUGCCAGUGGCAUGUACAGUAUGUGAAUGUAUAGGAUUGUGGUGCACUUUACUUUGAAUCUGUAGUGAGUGAGGUAACGGCUGUACAUACAUUAUUGUGCCUUCAACGACUGACUUCAGCGUAAGAGGAGCUUGAGUUUGUGUGUGUCUUCACGUGCAGAAGUUUCCCUGUGGCUACUUUAGAGGAGGGAAGUUCAUUUAUUUUGAUUAGAAGAGCUGAACUUUGAGAAGAUAAUUAUCCAAAGUGCACGUCAGCAGACACCAUUUGCAUUAUUGCCAAUGAAGGCCUAAAUUGCACUGUUAGCCCCUGACACAUCACAUUAACGAGGGGAUUGAUCAUUUACAGGACGUACGACGGUGUGCAUAUCCUCCAGCCAUCCCUGUUGUGGUGGUGAACUCUGAAGAUAUGGGAUCAGAAAGCCUGCAUAACAAUUGUCUAAAAAUGGUUUAAAAUAACCAAAAAAAAAAAAAAAAAACCCAAACAAAAUAACUUUCAUAACCUUUAUAUAAGUCAGGCUAUAUUUACUAAUGUCUAUCCUCAAGUUUUCCCUGUAUCAUCAUACUCCAUUUUGACUGCAGCAGUUGCUAGAAUACAGCCCCAAGUUAUUACAGAGCCGUCAGUGUGUCUGACAGAAGAAGAAGCUUUAUUGGUCACCGCCCAAAGACAGACACAUUGAAACAAAACAAAAUGUUGUUCUCCUCAUUUAAGCCACCCUGGGAAGCAGGGGAAUUUGGUGCUUGCUUAGUGAACCAUCGUGAACCUGCGAUCAUCUGAUAAUAAUUCUCUAGUUACCAGUAGAACACGCAUUGUUAACAGCGAAUGUAUUUUUAAUCAAGUUGUUGAUGAGAAAUAACCAAUAAUUAUUCAGCUCUAUGAAAAAGUUUCUCCAUUUUUAAAUAUUAUAUAAUAUUUAUUUUAUUUAUAUUUUUAAAAUUUCUGAUAGGAAGAAAAACAAAACUUCAAUCAAUCUAUUUUAUUAAAACUUUUUUGCUUUUGUAAAAUAGUGUAAAACUACUAUUAAAAAGCAUUUAAAUUUAAAGAGUCUCUUUAGAAUUUGACUGGUCAAUUUCAGUUGCCCCAAAGGUAGAACAUGAAUCAAUAACUUUGAUGCAUUCAGGUGCACUAAGGGUUAUUUUAACAUUUCUGGAUAAAUUCGAAAAAAUGUUUUUUGACAGACUGGGCUUUGUUAAUGCGUCUUAAAUAAUGCAGAAUUCUUCCUCCCAUGUCGUUAAAGUCUUCAAUGAUCAGAUUUGGCCCAAGAUGUUAACACACCAUAAAUAAUGAUGCGGGAUGUUCAUGUCACUCAGGCUCAACUUUGUCUCUGUAUCUUCUAAAGUGCUGUACCAAAAAAAAAUAUAUUGUUAAUUAACAAGUAUUAAUGGUGUUCAAUUGAUGAAAAAGUCUACACAAAAACUGUCUGAACAAACGUAAGAAAAGUGUGAAUCUGCCACAGUUGAUACAUAUUUCACAUCUUCUUAAAUCUUUGAUUACCAUUCCAAGUUUCUGUAUCACACUGUGACACCAUUCUUGUUCUUCAUCUGUUAUCUCUGCUGCUCCGACCGCGGCGGUGCAUCCUCUGUAAUGUGUGAUGGUAUUUUGUAUUUAAUGACUUUGAGAUUUAACAAAAUGCUAAAUGAAGGCAAAGACGACUCUGAAUCUGCUGUUGUUACUGUGGACACUUAUCAAACAGGCUUCUCUUGUUCUUAGCUGUGAUCUGCUUAUUUACUACUUACAUUUCUAUUGGACAAAAACAUAAAGAAUGCUGUCACUGCGUCUGCUUUUGACCUUUGUCUUUGUACAGAAGCCAGACUUCCUUCAUGUUCACGUUUUUAUUGCUCUUGUUGUAAUGUACAGUGGAUGGUGUACAAUUUACUGUGGUGGUAUACUCUCUCUCUGUCUCUCUCUCUCUCUUCCUCUCUCUCUGUCUCUCUCUCUAUCGCGCGCAAUUGAUCAAAGGGAAUUAUUUGAAAAAUAUCUCGAAGUCCAACUGUGUUCUGUUCUCACAAAAACAAUAAAAAUCCAGCACUUUCUUAA